UUCAAGAUGGCGACUUCGGGAGUCAUUUCGUACUCGCCAACUGGCAACUUUUUAGCAGUUUCGAGUCCUGAUGGCCGCCUGUCGUUGUGGGACACUGCCACGGCAACAAUAAGCCAGCAAUAUACUCCUAGUUCGCACUUGUCUGCUACCUGUACUUGCUUGUCUUGGUGUCCAACGAGGAAGGAACCUGUCAGGAAGAAGAGACGCUCUCACAAAGUUCAAAGAACUGAAAAUGAUGGUUCGGCAGCCCCAGUUGAUUUGGUUGCAAUGGGCACUCAAGCAGGGACCAUUCUUCUGUAUAGCAUCGCCAAAGCAGACAUUCACAGACAAAUGGAUGGGGGUCACACGGACACUGUUACCGACAUUUGCUGGCAUCCAGAUGGUGAGACACUUUAUAGCUGCUCUGAAGAUCAACAUAUUGUUGAGUGGGAUAUCGACAAUAGCAAUGUCAAAUGCAAGUGGAAAGCAGACACUAGUUCAGUACAUUCAAUCUAUCUCUGUCCGGGCUCCAGAACGCUUCUAUCUGCUGGAAGAAUGAUUAAGCUGUGGGAUCUAGAAACCAAGAAAGUCUUAAAAAAAUAUACCGGCCAUGCCAGUCCGGUAACGAGGUUAAAGUGUGUACCGUAUAUAGCUGACGCUUCUGAUGCUUCUACUAGCUUAGAAUCCGUAGAAGGGCUCUACUUUGUCUCAUGUGCUGAUGGUGAUAGGGUUCUCAAUGUUUGGCAUAUAAAAUCGGCAUCAAAGAGUAAAUCCUCAACAGCUUCAUUUGUUGUCCCUGAUGACCCUCAAGACUUUGACAUUUUGAGUUCUUCUUCUGACCAAAAAACAUACCUCUCUGUUGUAACCAAAGGAGGUGAAGUCCACAUCUUUGACCCAGUUUUAAAUGGCAAAGCCAAGAACCAUCUGAAGGCUUGCACGCACCUCCAGAUCACUACAGAGGGUCAGAAAGAAGCGUUACCCAAGCCAAUACCUAUUAUGGCAACUCACCUACUCAAUGAGGCAGAGAUGCCAUUACUCAUCGCUCAUGGCUCAGUACUGAAACUCAGAUUCGAGAGAGUGUCGUUCAAGUCAGAGGAUAGAAGUAUCUGCUUAAUACGUGAAGAUCCAUCUUUUCAAGCCGUCCCCCAAGUGUCUGGAGAAAAGCUGAAGAAGCCAGUUGUGACUGGUGAUGAGGCAGUAAAGACACCAAGUACCCUUCCUCUUACUGGGUACCAAGCAACUGCUGAUGAACAGACUGAAGCAGACAGGAAAAGCAAACGAAAAUCUAACAGCGAAUCAUUAACCAUUGAGGACAGGCUAGUCGCCCUCAAGGUUGCUGAAGCCCAUGCCGACAUGUCAACACAAGACCAAAGUGCCAGGACAGGAUCCCUGGUCAUGCUCCUUACGCAAGGUCUGCAAAGCAACGACAGGGUUAUGCUUGAUAGUGUAUUCCAGCAUCAUAAGGAGUCUGUCCUAAGAAGAACCAUCCAAAGAUUACCCAUACCUCUAGUUGUUGGUCUCGUCCAAGAGCUUACUUCAAGAAUGAACACAGCACCUCAAAGUGGAUUGACGUUGGCCCAUUGGACGAGGGUUGUAUUGUGCGAGAGAGCUUCCUACCUGAUGACAUGCCCUGAGCUGACUAAGAAGCUGAGUCAGGUUUACGAGAUGAUCAACACCAGGACGAGUCAAGCGUCUAGAAUGAGGCAACUUUACGGCAAGCUGGAUCUCAUGCUAUCACAGAUUGCAUCUCAGAAGCAAAGGGAGGAAGAAGAAGACAGGCCGACUGCAGCUCAGCUGGUAUAUGAUGAAGAUUCCUCAGAUGAUGGUGAUGUCAUGGAAGAACCAUACCCCAUGCAUUCAGACUCGGAGGGCGAGUGGGAAGAGCUGUCCGAGAUGGAUCAUGAAGAAGCUGUACCCGUCUUCAACAACGAAGCAGAGCUGGAGGAUAGCGAGAGUGAGUCGUCAGACCUGGAGGAAGACGAAGAGGAUGAGGAUGAAAAAGGCGUUGAGAAUGGAGCUGUUGAAGAGUUGAGUAGCGACGAUGAUCAAGAUUAAGAUUUUAUUAGAGACGCGCAGCACAGAGAUGUCUGGUUUUAUCAAUUAACCCUUAUACCCAUCGUUAUAUAUGGCAGUGAGUUGACAAAACACUUAAAAAACACCUUGUAUACGGUGCAGCAAGUGUGUGCUUGGCCCUGUAUAUAGGACGCAUCCUCUGUGCUGUACACAUAAUACAAAAGUGAAUGGACGCCAGUGUGCAGUCUGUACUGUGUAUUCACCACAUGUCAUAUUGCAGGCUGGCAUAGUGCAUCUAUCAUUCAAAACCCUGUGGAUGAUAUUGAAUGGUUGCUCUGUAGAAGGGUUAAACAAGUUUGGAAUGAUUAAGUUGGAAUGUGUUCAUCCUAGAUGUCCCAGCAUUAUCCUUGAGGUGGUUGUGGCUACCUCAUGUAUGAGAUUAUCUAAGUGGAGGCAAGGCCCACUCCUCCCACUCAGAAUUCCUUGUUUCCUUAAGAAAGCCUACAUUGUACUUACACUAUCAAAGUAAUUAUAGCAUGCAUAGCUGAGAACCAUCUCAUAUGAUGUAAAACCCAUAGCAUUGCAGUAAUUCCACACCAAACGAGGCACGGUCACAAGCCAGGUGUGGAUGAUUAAUUCACGAAACACUGCAUCCAUCAAACUUGAGCAGACAUAGCGGAUGGAUUUUAAAGUUAGUUUUGGUUAAAAAGGCUUGAAAAAGAUGUAUGGUGAUUAUUUAUUGAUGAUUUGAGGCAGGAGGCCUGAUAUUUUUACAGAGACAAUUGCCUCCAUGCACCCGGCCAUGGCCUUAGUGCCCCUUGAAAUGUUCCAGUACAAAUAAAUUUCCCUGAUAAAGGUGAUCGAAGGAAAGACUGCACUGCCUUUACAAGAAUCAGGCCUGAAGCAGUCCACAUUUUAGGAAAACUUUAGUUUUCGUUAAGAGGUCAUCCAUAAGUGACAUUUUAAGUGCAAAUCAAGAGUGGAAACAUGUACUUGUAAAGAAUUAGAUGAAGCCCAGUAUUUGGUUGGAUUGGUUGGGAUCUUUGGGCAACAUAAAUGUGUAACAAAAAGUCAAGAUGGGGUGGACCACUUAAAAGGAAGUACACACAUUUUACAGGCCUUUCUUUCUCUUUAAAUGACCUAGUAGUAUCUUUUUUUUUUUUUUUAAA